CAAAUAACUAAUCUGUCGUAGUCAGUAGUUGAGAGAUUUAAGGUUGUGCUUAGGCAAUGAUGAAACUAAGAUGGCGUCUAACACGGAUAGGAUGAACGGGGGAUAGCGAAAUUGGUCACAAAUUGAUUUGAUGGGGACGUAAUUCUCACAGUCACUCGUUGUACAAGCAAACGAGUCUUUGAAGUGGAUAAUCUUUACACUUCUACAUCAAUAGAACUGGGUCUAUGGGGGAAGCGAGGCUGAAAACGGCCAACUUUACGUGAGCUAACUGGACCUAGCUUGCUAGCUAACCAACGACAGCUAGCUAAACAACAACAAAGUAAGGAGGAUAGUCUCAGGAGAAGGAAGUGUCUACGGGAUUGUCCGCAAUCUUUUGAUAUAAAAUUAAGCAAUUCACAUCUGGCUUGGGACACGUCCAAAACAGAAGUAACCAAUAUGUCAAGUUAAACUUCCACGCCAAUUUGCAGUGAUAUCCGAGACCGGAGGUGCUGCCUGGGGUGGACUGAAAAGUGGAGGCCAUAACGACCGUUCGCUUCAGCCACCCUAAUCGUGACCCAGUGCUGGACAAUAGACUUUCAAGACACCUUAACGGCCCAUUAUUGGUGACAUCUGAAUCUAUUAUUUCGUCGUUGACCACGCUGAACGUGUCAGGAAGAGUUGCUGUCCAAGUACCAGCUAUCUAAUAUGAUGGCGAUGGAGGGGGAAGACUUUGUGCCGCCUCCUGAGUGCCCAGUGUUCGAGCCGUCAUGGGAGGAGUUUCAGGAUCCCCUGGGCUAUAUUGCCAAGAUACGUCCAAUUGCAGAGAAGUCUGGAAUCUGCAAGAUUCGUCCUCCUGCUGACUGGCAGCCACCCUUUGCUGUGGAGGUGGAUAGCUUCCGCUUCACACCCCGUAUACAGAGACUCAAUGAGCUAGAGGCGGAGACCCGAGUCAAGCUGAACUACUUGGACCGGAUUGCCAAGUUCUGGGAGAUCCAGGGAUCCUCCCUCAAGAUCCCAAACAUCGAGAGGCGUAUCUUGGACCUUUUCAGCCUGUCCAAGGUUGUGAUAGAGGAGGGAGGGUUUGAUAUAGUCAGUAAGGAGCGGCGUUGGGCUCGUGUGGCCCAGAAGCUUGGCUACCCAACUGGCAGGAACAUUGGCUCCCUCCUGCGCUCACACUACGAGAGGAUUGUCUACCCCUUUGAGGUGUUUCAUGCUGGGGCCAGCCUGCCGCAGACUAAGCCAAAGCUAUAUGAUGGAGAAGAGGUGGAUAGAGAAUACAAGCCCCACUCCAUCCCCCUACGCCAGUCUGUCCAGCCUUCCAAGAUGAGCAGCUACGGACGCCGAGCCAAUCGCCUCCAGCCAGACCCUGAUCCCACAGAGGAGGACAUAGAGAAGAACCCAGAGCUGAAGAAACUACAGAUUUACGGUGCAGGGCCUAAGAUGAUGGGGCUAGGACUGGUGCCCAGGAAUAAGAGCAUUCCCAAGAAAGAAGAGCUGCCUCAGACUGUGACUGUCCGGGCUGCAGCCCCUGCUGUCCAGGUCAAGGAUCAGCCAGGGGAGGUCAAAGAGAAAGGAGGAGAUGGCAGCACAACCACAACGGCUCCUCCUCCCUCUGAUGCCACGAUAAAGAGUGAGGUGAAGAAAGAGGAAGAGAAACAUGAAGGUGGAGAAGCUCAUGACAAAGGGGACCAAGACGGUGGUGAAAACGGUGACGGGCCCUGCACCAAGAUGACCAUGCUGGAGCUGCAGGUAGCCAGCGCCCACUCCUGGAGAGACAAGGCCUCCAAGACCUUCCUGAAGAAGAGCAGCCAGCACAGCCUGCUACAGGUGUUGUGUCCGUGUGUGGAGAAACGUAAGGAGAGGGGAGAAGAGACGGAUCCAUUAGAUGACCCAGAUACCAACACUCUGGGCCUCUCUGCUCAGGACCUGAGAGACCCUGGUGCCAUUGUGAUGGCGUUUAAAGAGGGAGAGCACCAGGAGAAAGAGGCUCUGCUGAGGCUCCAGAAGGUCAACCUGUCUAAACCAGGUGUGGAGAAGAAGGCUGAGAAAGAGAUCAAGACAGAGCGGGAGGACAAGGAGAAUGGAGGUGGGAGGUGGGGGGAGGACCCCAUGGAGCUAGACACAGCCCUCCACUCUGAGAACUGUGGAAAGGAGAACGGGGACAGUAACCACACAACGACAAGCAGCAGCACCCCUCCUCAGUCAGUGUGUGUGUGUGGCCGGGCGCCACGCCCCCCUCUGCUGCGCUGCCACCUGUGUAAAGACUGGUUCCACGGUGGGUGUGUCCCAUUCCCCUCCCUCCUGCCCUCCUCCUCAGGGCUCCCCACCAACCCCCUCUGCUGGUGGGACUGGGACUCACGCUUCCUGUGCCCGCGGUGCCAGCGCUCGCGGCGCCCGCGUCUGGAGACCAUACUGGCCCUGCUGGUGGCGCUCCAGAGGCUGCCCGUCCGUCUGCCAGAGGGAGAGGCUUUGCAGUGUCUCACAGAGAGGGCCAUCACCUGGCAGGGGCGUGCCAAGGAGGCACUGGACACCCCUGAGAUACAGGGGGCACUAGAGAGGCUGCAGGAGCUUAAACAGAACCAGCCUCACAGGGAGGGAGAGGAGGAAGAGGAUGGGAAGAAAGGGAACUGUGAGUCGGUGAUAGUGCUAUCAGAUUCAGAGGGAGGAGAUGGAGUGAUAGACCUCACAGAGGAGAACUCUCCCAAGAAGACCCUAAAGAAAGAGAUGAAUGGCRGCAUGCAGGCUGGAUGUGAAAACGGCGUAAGCAAGAAAGUAAAGUCUCACCACAAUGUUACAGGUGUGGGCUCUCUGCUACCGCUGGUCCCAUCACUAAAAGGCCCGGUGAUAGAGCUGUCCCUGACCACCAGGACCCAGCUAGAGGAGUUACAGCUAGAGGGAGACCUGCUGGAGGUGUCUCUGGACCAGACCAGCACCAUCCACAGAGUCCUGCAGGCUGCUUUAGAGCCACACAGACACACACUCAGAACACUCAUACUGAUUGAGCUCCAGGAGCAGAAGGGAGUGGGCCGUGUGGGGCGGGCUAAAGACUCCAAGAGGAAGAGGAAGAGCCAGAGGGGCGUCACAGGGGUGGAGGGAACACCCCGGUCCCAGGACGCCUCGGAGUGCAAGAAGACCUGUCCCCUCAACCACACACCCCCUCACAUACCCAUCCAGACACACCCCGAGAUCUUGUGAUAUGGUUAUGGAUGCAACUCAGGAGUAAAGAAUGGUCAAACGUUUGGAGAGAGAUAGAAUGGACAGAUUCUGGGCCGAAAGACAUUGUCAAACUG